UUUUCUCGUCGACGUGUAAUUGUUGACCGAAAAAAGAACAAAUGGGCGCCGGAACGACCACGCCGUCCGUGCCAUCCCAUCACGAUUCGCUCAUGCGAGAAGGAUCGAUCAUUCUACGACGCCCCUCGCUGCGCGGAAGGGAACCCAGCGAAUCUCUCGACCAAUCGAGUCGCCCGACGAACGCCGCGUGGCGGACUAACCGACCCCACAGCUCUCCCGCGAAGAACGAGUCCGACGCCUUGAGCCCUCCGCCGUUGGUGGCUCGGAUGGGUCCAGAAACGACCGCGAGCGGGAUGCUUCUUUGUCUCAUCUGUCCACCCAACUCUCGAGUGCAUUUAAUUUGGCAGGUUGCAGAAGCCGUGGAUUUGUAGUGGAGAAUUAUCCUGCCCGCUGACUGCGAUCGAGAUGGAGCAGAUCGCAGCAAAGGUGGCUUCUUUGGUGGUUCCGCCGGCGCAGCAGCACCGAGGCGAGCUCGUCGUGGAGAAACCCAGCGAGGAGAAGGGGAGGCAGCCGGGGGAAGCGAGGAGGAGGAGGCCUUUGGAGACAUCGACGGUGGAGGUUAAGGGAGCGGGAGGGAUCCUCGUCCUCGGCGGACUCCUCGUCGCCACUGCCGUCGCGGCCGGAGUCACCAUCGUCGCUCGCAGGGCGCAGGCGAAGCGGCCGCCGGGGAGUAAGAAAGAGAAAGCUGAGGGCUUGAACGGCAACGAUAAAAUCGAUGGAUCUGCCGGUAUCCAGGAGGAGGACGAUUGUGUUUCUGUGAAACCAAAGAGCAGUUCAUCUGAAGCUGUUACUUGUGAUGGUGUUGAAGAACUUCGAAAUGGCAGAGAGUUGGGCUGGCAGCAACUUGAUGAGAAAAUUUUGGGGAAAACAGGUUUGGGAUUGCAGAAUGGAAUAGGAAAGAAAGAAAUUGAUCAACAAGUUUCACUUGGUGAAGCUGAACAUGGAAUGAUCGAUAACGAAGAUGAUAAAGAAUCAGAGUUAGGUAUGAACCAGCAGCAAUCUGAGGAACUUGUAAAUGCAGCCCCUGAAGAAGAAGAAGAUAAAGAAGCUUCACCUGUUGAAGCUGAAGAUAGCGUGAACCAUGAUGAAAUAGAGCUGAAGGAAUCUGUUCCUGCUGAGUCUAUUCCUGAAAUUGAAAUCAGCAAACAAGGAUGUGAGAGCGUUCGCGACAGAGAUGAGAAAGUUUUACCAUUUUUGGAAGAAUCAAAGGAGUCUCAGUUCGAGAUGGUUGAGUGCAAAUUCAAUGUGUCGAGACCAGUGGGGCCUUUAACCUUCAAGGAAAUAGUUGAACAACAAAAAGUGGAAGCAUCGCCAAGUGAACUUGAAGAAGAGGCAAGGCCUCAGAUGGAUGUUAGUGAACAGCAAACUGCGCAAGUCAUAGAUGAACACAAGCAACAAAAAGAACAUGAGAUUUUGACAGUUGAAUUCGAAGACAAGGUGAACCAGUAUCAAACUGAGCAGAUUUCAGCGUCAGAGCUUGCUUUGGUUAAUGAAGAAAAAGAACCAAAGGAGCCUCGAUUCCAUAUGAUCGAAUCAGAGCCUUCUGCAUUAAAGGAAGAUAAAAAGGAAUUAUCAGUUGAGCAUGUCUUAAAUGAAUAUGGUAUAGAAAAAAUUGAACAACACAUUGAAGAAAAGGAAGAGACCGAGGCAUCUCCUGAAGGAGAAGAAAAAGCUGAAGAUGAAGAAGCAAUUGAAGAACAGAAAGUGCCAGAGUCAUCUGUUGAAGGAGAAGAUGAUGGAACCUACAGCAAUCAAACUGAACCUCACAUAAUUCAUUCUGAAGUCGGCACAGAAGAAUUUUCUGCCACGAAGGAAACAGAAGAGAAGGCUCAGCCUGCGUCAUUUGCUGAAGAAGAAGGAUCCAACAACAAUCAAACUCAAACUGAGCAAGUCAUCGAUGAACACAAGCAACAAAAAGAACAUGAGAUUUUGACAGUUGAAUCUGAAGACAAGGUGAACCAGCAUCAAACUGAGCAGAUUUCAGGAUCAGAGCUUGCUUUAGUUAAUGAAGAGAAGGAACCAAAGGAGGCUCGAUUCCAUGUGACCGAAUCAGAGUCUUUUGCAUUAAAGGAAGAUGAAAAGGAAGAGGUGAAAGCAUUAUCAGUUGGACAACAAACUCAGCAUGUCUUAAAUGAACAUGAUCUAACAAAAAUUGAAGAGCACGUUGAAGAAAAGGAAGAGACCGAGGCAUCUCCUGAAGGAAACGAAGAAAAGAUUGAAGAAAAGAAAGAGGCAGAGGAAUCUCCAGAAGGAGAAGAAGAUGAGGAAGGGAUUGAAGAUGAGAAAGAACCCAAGACAUCUCCUGAAGAUGAAGAAGCAAUUGAAGAAAAGAAAGUGCCAGAGUCAUCUGUUGAAGGAGAGGAUGAUGGAAACUACAACAAUCAAACUCAACCUCACAUAAUUCAUGAUGAAGUCAGUACAGAAGAAUUUUCUACCACGAAGGAGACAGAAGAAACGGAUGAGAAGAAUCAACCUGCGUCAUUUGCUGAAGAAGAAGAAGAAGGAUCCAACAACAAUCAAACUCAAACAAAUACAGCUGAUCCUCAAUUCAGCACUGAAGACCAUUCUACGGUGAAGCAAGUAGAGAAAAUGGACAAUGAAAAGGAAGAGCCAGAGUCGUUUCCUGAAGAAGAAGCUCAAAUGAGAGAUGAGGGCUCUGAUAGUGCUCCAGUUUCUUCUGCAGAAGAAUCAAAUGAUGCAGCGAUCUCACCGGCGGAGGUGGUGGAGCAAGGAAAGAUUUUACUGCAGGAGGUGCAGUCAAAAGUCUCGAGUGACUACUUAAUAUCCUCCGGGGAAGUAAAGGUUAAUGCGCAUGUAAAAAAGGUAGAAGAAAAGUAUCAAGAAAGCAUUGCAGAAAGAGAGAGCAUCCUAAACAACAUGGUUCACUCAAAUAAGGCAGAAGAGAAGGAAGAAGAAAACAUGAUAGGGGGAGAGAAAAUCACAAAAGAUGAAAUGCAGCAACAGUUGAUGGCAACGAUCAAGAAGAAGGCACUGAUGUUGGAGAAACUCUUGAUGGAUAUUCCUGACAGAUUGUUGGUGGUUUUGCUGGUAAUCUCACUGAUCAUGGUGCUGCUUCAUUACGUCAAGCCUUUCUCUCAACCCUAUCAAAUGAUUUCUCCCUCCGAUGAGAAUUCACAAGGAAUUUGAACUGUGCUUUCUCAAGUGUUAGAAUUACAUCAAGGACCAGUUUUGCUUUGUAUUCAGUCUUGAUAGUUAUCGUUCGACAAUCGUGAACUUUCUCUAUUGCCCGAUAGAAUCUGUUGUGAGGCAAAUAAAAACCUGACGAAAGAACAAUGGUUUUUAAAACCUUCUAGUAAUUUUGCUGAGUUAGUUUUGUUUGGUGGUGCACUAAUUCUAGAGGAUUUACGUGUUACCUGGAUACUAUAAAAUGGUUAUCGAUAUGCAAUUGGACCACUGAAGCUUUAUUGCUUGCUUUA